AAGACGCUCUCUCAGCCGAAGACGAGGCAGAGACGAGGAGCAGAAGUGCGUUAAACUGCGGGCGGCUUCAUCGCCUUUUCUUUUCUGUCGACGUUUCGAAGUUUUCGAUCGCGAAGUUUUUGCGCCCCACAAGAAGGACGAGUCACGUGGGGUUAUCAGAUUCGCCUCAAAAAAAGACGUCAACAAGUGAGAGAGAGAGAGAGUGAGUGAGUGAGAGAGCGAUAAGCAAGACGACAACCUAGAAGACAGCAGGACGAAGCAGAAGAUACCAGGAGAAGAGACUAAGUGCUUAUAGGAAAGAGAGACUAAUAAGAUGAAUCGCCUGUUUGGCACGAAGAAUACAGCUCCAAAGCCGACGCUGGAGGGCGCGAUAUCAAGUGUCGAUGCCCGGAUAUCAAGUAUAGACGUCAAGCUGGCCGCGCUGAACGCGGAGCUGACGGCCUACCAGAGCAAGAUGUCCAAGAUGCGCGACGGACCCGGCAAGAUGGCCAUCCGCCAAAAGGCACUCAAGGUCCUCCAGCAACGGAAACGCUACGAGGGCCAGAGAGACCAGCUCUCGCAGCAGUCCUGGAACAUGGAGCAGGCGGGCAUGAUGCAGGACAACCUACGCAACGUCAUGACGACUGUGGAUGCUAUGAAGACUACAACAAAGUCGCUCAAGCAGCAGUACGGCAAGGUGGACAUCGACCAGAUCGAGCGUAUGCAGGACGAGAUGCAGGACCUGAUGGAUAUGGGCAAUGAGAUCCAGGACAGCAUCAGUCGUGCAUAUGACGUGCCUGAGGACGUGGACGAGGCUGACCUCGACGCCGAACUGGAGGCUCUGGGAGAGGAAGCCAUGUUCGAGCAGGCCAUGGGCGGAGAGGAGAGCGUACCGUCCUUCAUGCAGGAUGAAGUUGCUCCUCCGCAAUUCAUUGAUGAGCCGCCCGAGCAGAAUAAGAUGAAGGAGGUUGCAGGUGGCUGAUCUGCGAGGCCGCUAUGACAAGAUGCCAGCCUUACCUCCGGCAAGACGUUCAGACCAACGUAUCCUACAUACGGUUUCUUACCCCCCUGCAGCUUGUCUCUUCGAUUUAACAAUAAAUGGCGUUGGACAAGGUUAUCUUUCUUCU